UCACGUGCAAUAACAUUGCGUCAUUUCCGCAAGCUUGUUUUUUCUUUUGUUGUUAUGUUAUUUGUUUUUGUUUUUUUUAUCUACUACCGAACCCAUAUUGUGUUUAUUAUCACAUAUCUACUGAAUAUACAGAUGUUUAAGUCCGCAUUACAGACAUAUAACAAGCCAAAGCGACCGGAUGAUGCGCAGUGUUUUAGAGACGCAGGCUUCUGUCUCACUGCGCGUGCGCGGCCCCGGGAUGAAGCGUAGUGUUUGUUUGUAAACAAACCGCUGUGUACGGAUGUGUGAGACGCUGUUGCUGUCAUGGCAGAAAACAACGACAGCGAAAUCAUUGAGCAUCAUGACGACGAAGAGAUGGAGAAAAUGAACAGGCCUAGAAAUGAUUGUCAGUCGUUUAUGGAGAGCGUCAGUGGUUCAGAGAGGGACGGAUACAGCAGCACACAGUCUUCACACCGUCUACUGGCUUACAGUGAUGCUCUCAUCUCCAUCAUCGCCACUGUCAUGAUAUUACCUGUUGCCCAUAACAAAUUUCAAGACAAUGAGGAACUGACAGAUAGCAUUCAGUUGCUUCUCACCACUAAAAUCGCUGUGUACCUGAUGACAUUUCUGAUAGUAACAGUUGCUUGGGCAGCACAUAUAAGACUGUUUCAGGUCAUUGAACGCAUCGAUGACACACUUGCACUUCUUAAUUUGGCUUGUAUGAUGCUGAUCACUUUUCUGCCAUACACAUUUUCCCUGAUGGCAACUUUCCCAAAUAACACCCUUGGCAUUCAGCUUUUUUGUGCCUGCGUCAUUAUAAUCGGUCUCGUUCAGGCGGUUAUUGUUAUGUACGGGUUCAGCCGUCCAUUCCUCCUAAACGAGCACAUCCAGAUGUCAGAGAAUCUGGCCUAUUACAGGCGCCAUAUUCUUGAAGUGAUAAUGAGAGUGCCUAUAAUGUGUUUCUUCGCUGGAAUCUUUGCAUUCAUCUAUUUUAAACUGUCGUAUGUCCUGCUGGCCCUCGUCAUAUUCAUUCCCUACAUAUCUCAGGCGAUGACGUGGAUUUGGACUAAAGUGGUUGGAACUCAGGUAGAGGAGACUCCAGACUCCAUGCUUUUGUAUACGUACCACCCAAGUGAACCACUGAGCAAGGAGCGAGUAGAGGCUUUCAGCGACGGUGUAUACGCUAUUGUAGCCACUCUUCUCAUCUUAGAUAUAUGUGAAGACAACGUGCCGGACCCGUCUGUUGUGAUGAAGCAGUAUGAUGGAAAUCUCAUCGCUGCGCUUCAUGAGUAUGGCCCUGAGUACCUGGCCUACUUCGGCUCCUUCGCCACAGUGGGUCUGCUGUGGUUCGUGCACCAUUCGCUCUUCCUGCAUGUGACUCGUGCGACACGUUUAAUGGGCCUCUUCAACACUUUCUCUCUAGCUUUUAUAGGUGGCCUGCCUCUAGCCUACCAGCUAACUCAUGAAUUUCCUCGUGGCUCUCAGAACGAGCUGGAGGCCAUCCAGAUCAGCUGCGUCAUCAUCUUCUUCGCCGGCCUCUUUCAGCUGGCCAUGUGGGUUACAGCGCUCUUUACAGAGCGUGAGACUCUCCACCCGUACGUGCGACACGGAGGCCGAGAGCACAAAUUCAUGCUCGCUAAGCUCUUGCUCUACCCCUGUGUGGCGCUCGGGACCUUUUUCUCGACAUGUAUCCUCAGCCGCUUCAGCUCACCCAUCUUCCACCUGAUGCAGAUUGCGGUUCCAUUUGCGUUCUUGCUGCUGAGGUUGAUGGUGCGAGUGGUGCUGGCCGUGCUGAGGUGGCUGUUUUGUCCGAAGACACAUAAUGGAAGAAGCAUGUUGGUGGAAGACGAGGAUGCUCGCGUGCCUUUUACAGACAUUGUCACCUAGCAGGAUAAAAAAAUCCAGCAAGGUCUAUGGGGACAUUUUCACGAAGGAUUCCUCUUUAAACUUUUGCAAUCUGAUGUGUAAUUGCUUGCUAAAAAGUAAGUUCAGAGGAAUUUAGACUACAUUAACCUGCCAACUCUGCAACUACGUAAUAUCGGCUAGAAGUCAGUUAACAGUAAUGUGAUCCGUGGGCUUUGAACUUUAAAUCAGUUUAGCAUUUUAAACAGCUGUAUAGGAAAUAGACUAAAGAAUUAUUUCAAGAACGAAUGUCAUUGCUAAAUCCGUCCAAGACUUAACACUAUAACUUUCUCAUAUAAGCUGAAUGAGGUCUGAAGUCUCACUAAAUAGCAUGAUGAGAUCUGAGCGUUAUGUUCAUUAAAACUCCAACCUUUGAGUUUCAGUGCGACGGUGCAGUCACUGCUCAUACAUGGUUGCCAGAUUUAUAGCCAUUUCAGCAACAAAUACAUGUCAUUUGAGUCUCCAAAUAAACUUGAAUGAAGGCACAUCCAAAUCACUCAUCACAUACAGCUUAGGGCACGUGAACACGGUUACUAAGCAACCACACCACAAAGACGAUAGCAGUCUAGAAUCACGUACCAGUUCAUAUCCUUAUAAAACUGCAUGACUCUUUAGGCCUAAGCAAACGAAUCAUGGUGAGACUAUUAAAUAUAUUUCGAUGUUCCAUGCUAUUUAUUGUCAUUCAUUCGACGAUUUAUUAAAUUAUUUUUUUAAAGUAUCAUUACAUAUUAUGUAUGUGCGCAGACUUUUAUACUGUUAUACUGUAACACACGAAAACUGACACAAAGACUACUAAUGAAAUUUUGAGGAAGGGGUUCAGUCACUGAAUGCUAAGCAGUAAGAUUAGCUACUGUACGAUAUAGCUGAAUGUAAGAUAACGAAUCAGGAGAAACUCUUCGACAUGUUUUGAAUUUAAUGAAACACCCGCUUCACUUUUUCAGUUCUGUCUGGUGAUCGAUUUUGAAUGUUUUAUUUCACCUGGAUAAUCAGAGGGAUGCAACAAUUUACACUCAGCUGUGUCAUCUGUAAACGUCUGUGUUGUUUACUUCAUACGUUUCUUCAACGAAUUAUGUAGAAUUAAUGGAAAUACUCUUGAGUAAAACUCAUCUAACAUCUUA